UACCUGGGGCUGCUGGGGGCUGCGACUCUGGGGACCUCCAGAUGGUGGAGAGGCUGACCUUUCACCUUUACACACUGGUCCAGUGGUCACUCUGGUUAGUUAGUAUUCACAGUUGUUUGAGUCUCUACUUCAUAGAGUUGAAGAUGGAUAGGGUAUAACUUCCAAAACUAUCAAACAGACAAACAAACAAACACAUAUGAUGCAGUUGUGUAGUGUUGUCCCUGCCGUUUCACGAGCGGGCGAUUCCACUUCUCUCUCUUGAAAGGAAAGAUCAAAAGAGUGAUACGUCUCAAUCAUCCACGCCAUAAAUCUCAAAACCCACCAGCUGUUGUUCUUCUUCUUUGUCUCGUCUCGUCUGAUUUGGUUUUGGUUUGGUUUGGUUGAUCAAUCAUUCACCAUCCCAACUUGAGCAAUUGCAACCUUUCUUCUUCUUACUAUACUUUUGUUUCUGCUAACUUCCUUCACCAAAUCCACCAUCCCAGAUUCCCAAUAAUACCAUAAUACCAAUCCCAUUACGUGUUUCUUUUCGGAAUCCCACUUCUCAUUUUGCUACUUCUCUGUUCCUCUGUUUUUAGUGGCCGUUUAAUAAUGACUCAACUCUUCAGAUCCAAGUCUUGUGAACUUGGAGGGGUUAUGGGUUUGAAUUCCUCUCCGUUGAGUCCUUCUCUAUAUCUCACUAACAGUGAAGAUGAAGAAGAGGAAGAGGAAGAAGAGGAGGAGGAGGAGGAGGAGUUCGAAGAAGCCGACUACGAUGAAGAAGAAGAAGAAGAAAGGGAUGGGUGUUAUACGAGAACGAUAUCCACUCCAUUGAUAGUCACUGCGGGAGGGAGUGAGCGGAAUAGUAGUAGCAAAGAGCAUCACCAGUUCCCAGUUCUGGCGAUUUUGGUUGCAGCGCUGAGAAAGUCGUUGGCCACCUGUAGUGUUGAGAGGGAGGAUAUUGAUUCCAUGGAUAUCAGCUGGCCGGUUGAUGUACGCCAUGUCUCCCACGUUACUUUUGAUCGAUUCAACGGUUUUCUUGGUUUGCCCACUGAGUUCGAGCCCGAGGUUCCCAGGAGGGUCCCCAGUGCCAGUGCAAGUGUAUUUGGAGUCUCUGCCGAGUCUAUGCAAUGCUCCUAUGAUCACAGAGGAAACAGUGUACCAACAAUACUUCUCAUGAUGCAAAGACGCUUGUAUUUGGAAGGAGGCCUUCAAGCGGAAGGGAUAUUCCGAAUCGCUGCUGAGAAUAGCCAAGAGGAGUAUGUCCGCGACCAGCUAAACAAGGGUGUUGUACCGCAUGGAAUUGAUGUGCAUUGUUUGGCAGGUUUGAUAAAGGCAUGGUUUAGAGAACUCCCAACAGGGGUACUCGACUGUCUUACGCCAGAUCAGGUAAUGCACUGCAACGCAGAAGAAGAUUACACCCGACUUGUAAAAUUACUGCCACCCACGGAAGCUGCUUUGCUCGACUGGGCCAUCAAUCUCAUGUCAGAUGUUGUGCAGCAUGAGCAUCAGAACAAGAUGAAUGCUCGCAACAUUGCUCUGGUUUUUGCACCCAACAUGACACAGAUGGCAGAUCCCUUAACUGCACUGAUCCAUGCAGUUCAAGUAAUGAACUUUCUGAAGACACUGAUCUUGAAAGCCAUCCGUGAGAGAGAAGAAUCACUUUCUGAGGCCAGAUUAUCAUCUUCUUGCUCUCCAAACGAGAAGGAUGAACCCCCUUUACCAAAGCUGAGCAGGGAAACUGAUGGCAGAUCCUUGAAGGCAACAAUUGGUGUUAGUGUUGGUGAUGGGAAUAUUGUAUCACAUAACAUUCUCGGAAGCCAUACCGACAGUGAGUCUGAUGUUGAACAUGAAUCUGCUUCCUGGAAUGACACACAUGUAAAGUGUGACAUCAGGACUGUUGAGAAUGACUAUAGAGGUGGUUACAGUAGUGAGGAUGUUGAAGGGUUCUCGGAUUGGCUGAGCUUGAGAAAAGGAGUGAAGAAGCUCUGCAGGCAUCCAGUCUUUCAACUGAGUAAGCCAAUAAAAAAGCCUGGAAAUCUUGACGUUGUAAAUAGUAGGGGACGGGGUGGUGAGGCUUGGGCAUAAGAUGGUUGCUCGAGUCUGGGAAUGUAAUUGUAUAUGUGCAUAUUGAGGCCUUAAUGUUUGUGGAGUAUUAGAAGCUGCUACUUGUCUUUAAAAUUGGAAAAUUUAGGUUACUUUGGUUGGUGAAAGAACUUGAGUUUUUGAAUGCUAAGCUAAGUUACUGAUGUAAAA